CUACGUUCAACACUGUAAACUCUCUCAGCAGCAUCCAUGCUCAUUUACUUUACUCAGAACAUCAGCAGAGAAUAGUUUUGCAUACAUUUCAUCAUCUACUGCUUUCACCAAGAAUUCAUUUCCAGUCAUCUGUUUUAACUUUAAAUUUUGUUGGUUAAGCUGUAUUCACAUUUGUGAUUUCAAGCUUUGCGUCUGAGCUGAGAACUAACAACUAAAGGUAAUUAACAAACCCAGAACUAUUCAAUUACAGAGUCUACUUUGUCUACUGGGUUAGUUAUCUCAAACUACUGAACUUAAACAUAUAUAUGUAGAAAACUAAAUUAGUUUAUUAUUAAGUAUAAAUACAUGCAUACAGUUUACGGCAGAAUCCAUCUUGUUUAUGUAUUUUAUACUUCUUUUAAUCCAUUUGCUAUUACGUCCUGAUGCAAUUUUCAUCAAACCCAUUAUUGAAUCAAACGAAUUUCAAUUUUGAUUCCUGUCAAACAUCACAGCAAUCGGGUUUCCGUUACCAUUUGAUCUAUUGAUGAAGACUUCAGAGUUUUACUAAUUUCAACGACUUUGUUCCUAAAAUUGACAAGUACGAUUCUUCAAAUUACGAAUAGUAGAAGAAAUUAUUGUAGGAUUUGUCAACAAUUCCACAGAUCUUGCUAUACUGUAUACUCUCUUACUUUGGUUUUGGCACUUUCUCUACUAGUUGAAGGGAAUGAUGAUGAACAACCUUAAUUCGUCACGAUCCAAAAAGGGUCUUUCCAUUCAAACAUGUUUUCCAGAAAUCAAAUCUGUUGUACACUCUACCCAAUCUUUGUGGGAGCAAAAUACAAGCGUAGCUUUACGCUCUGAUGUUGGCAUAACAAUGAAUUAUGGUUUUGGCCAAAUCGCUUCCAAUGAUGUUGCACAAAUAAAUCCAGAAGCCAUAGGUUACUAUGUAAGUUUUCCACAAGAAGCAGUGUCUCAGUCACGGACAACUUCUGGGGAGGUAGAAAGGAAUCGCUUUACUACUUAUGUUUCCUUGCAUCUCGCGGCGCUUAAAGGUGACUGGGAAUAUGCAAAAGCAUUUUUUAUGUUGAAUCCACAAGCAGUGUCUGCUAGGAUAACUAGGAAUCAGGAAACUGCCUUUCACAUUGCUGCCGGAGCUAGGCAUACUAUAUUUGUUCAGGAGCUUGUGAAUAUUAUGACACCUGAUGGCCUGGCACUACAAAAUAAGGUUGGGAACACAUCUUUGUGUUUUGCUGCUGCAUCUGGAAUCAAAAGAAUUGCAGAAGUGAUGGUUAGUAAGAACAAGUUGCCAUCAAUCCGAGGUAGUGAGGGAGCAACACCAUUGUGUAUGGCUGCCUUGUUAGGUCAUAGAGAAAUGGUCUGGUAUCUUUACUCUGUUACCAAGGACACUGAUCUAAAAGAUGAAGAUCGAAUCGAACUUCUUGUUGCUGUCAUCAAUACUGGCCUUUAUGAUGUGGCAUUACACUUAAUUCAUCAUCAUCCUGAAUUAGCUAUAGCUCGGGAUGGAAAUGGAGAGACAGCUCUUCAUGUAUUGGCAAGAAAACCUUUGGAAUUUGUAAGUGGGAGUCAACUUGGAAUUUGGCAGAGGUGCAUCUACUCAUUGCCAGGUAUAAGAGCAAUCCUUAACAGAAAGCUAACACAUCUCCAAGCUCUUGAAUUGGUGAAACAACUUUGGAAACUGGUGUUGUUUCUAGAUGACUCAAAAAUUGGAGAACUACUUAGGAAACCUUCUCGUUUGUUGUUUACUGCUGUGGAAGUAGGGAAUGUUGAGUUCAUAACUGUGCUGAUCAGAAUGUGUCCUGACCUCAUUUGGAAGGUUGAUGAUCAUAGUCAAAGCAUAUUUCAUAUUGCGGUUGUUCAUCGACAAGAAAGUAUUUUUACUCUCAUACAUGCCAUUGGUGCUCAUAAAGAUCUGAUAGCAGCUUAUAAAGAUGAAAACAACAAUAACAUGUUGCAUCUAGCUGGAAAGCUUGCGCUUCCUGAUCGACUCAAAAUAGAUUCUGGAGCAGCUUUGCAACUUCGACGAGAGUUGCAUUGGUUCAAGGAAGUUGAAAAGGUUGUCCAACCAUCUUAUAGAGAGUCCAAAAAUUCAGACGGGAAAACACCUCAUAUUUUGUUUUCGGAGGAACACAAGAAACUUUUGCGAGAGGGGGAAAAGUGGAUGAAAGACACAUCAUCUUCAUGUAUGCUUGUUGCAACGCUUAUUGCCACUGUGAUGUUUGCUACAGCCUUCACCGUGCCUGGUGGCAAUAACAAUCUUACAGGCAGGCCUCUUUUUCUACAUCAAGUAUCAUUUCUUGUUUUUGCAGUAUCAGAUGCUUUGGCGCUAUUCUGCUCUGCCACUGCAAUAUUAAUGUUCUUGUCGAUUCUCACUUCGCGUUAUGCAGAAGAAGAUUUCCUACAUUCAUUACCAAACAGAUUGAUAAUAGGGCUCGCAACCCUCUUUAUCUCUAUUGCCACCAUGAUGGCAGCAUUUGGAGCCACUCUUUUCAUUGCUCUUGGUGAUGACCUUUCGUCAGUAGCUAUUCCAAUUGCUUCAAUAGCUUGUGUUCCUGUCAUCUUGUUUGCCCUGCUUCAGUUCCCUCUUUUUUCUGAUACAAUCAGUCAUCUAUAUAAGUCUAGCAUUUUCUCUCGUCCUACCUAUCACUUCUUGCUUAAUCCAAAUAAUCUUUUGGGAAGUUAACAGUACGGUGGAUUCCAUAUUGUAACGCAUUCUAACAGAGCAUAUAAUAUAAGUUUGCAUGUUCUGCAUUUUGCGAUUGGAUUAUCUUUCUAUAUAUGCUGUCAAAAUUAUGUAGUAGUCUAUUCAAACUCUCUUUCUAGGCUCAAAGGAAUUAUUCAGUUGAAAUUCAUACUAUACCAUUUUCUUUGGCUUACACUAUGGUAUGGUCUAAAUUGGGGCUUUAUUGUAUAUUUGAGUAUCCAGUAGAAAUCUAAUAAAUG